AUGAAUGCAAGCAUUCUUACCAAGACAGCGGCACCGGGCCGUCUGCUGUCCAGCCGAAUUUCUAGACAAUCCAAGCUCAAGGAUUCGGUCUGCAUACGCGCCCAAAUCCACACCGUCACUUGUACCCUUAGACCCACGAAGCCUCUAGCUUCUCGGGUGACAUCUCAAGCUCCCUCAUCCAAGCGUGCAUUCCAUGCGACAUCCACCAACCUUGCCCCGAGCGACCCCUACAAAACGCUGGGUGUUGACAAAUCAGCAUCCGCGGGCGACAUCAAGAAGGCGUACUAUGGCCUAGCGAAGAAAUACCAUCCCGACACCAAUAAAGAUGCCGGAGCGAAAGAGAAGUUUGGCGAGAUCCAGAGCGCAUACGAAAUCCUGUCCGACCCCAAGAAGAAGCAGCAAUUCGACCAGUACGGCGCUGCCGGCUUCGACCCCAGCGGCGGUGGCGGCGACCCGUUCGGAGGCGCAGGAAACCCAUUCGGCGGCGGGUUCGGAGGGCAAGGGGGCUUCGGCGGCGCCGGCGGCUUCAACUUUGACGACAUCUUCUCCGCGUUCACGGGCGGCCAGGGAUUCGGACGCCGCGGCGGCGGCGGAGGAGGCGGACGGAACCCCUUCCAGCAGGAGAUCCUGGUGGGCGACAACAUUGAGGUGCAGUCGAGCAUAUCCUUCAUGGAGGCGGCCAAGGGCACGAGUAAGACCAUCACGGUGACGCCCCUGACGGAGUGCGGGACGUGUACGGGCAGCGGACUCAAGCAGGGCACCAAGCGGUCGGCGUGCAAGUCGUGCAACGGGACGGGCACGCGGGUGCACUUUAUGAACGGCGGGUUCCAGAUGGCGUCGACGUGCGGCAGCUGCGGCGGCACGGGCACGACGAUCCCCCGCGGGUCGGAGUGUAGGUCGUGCGCGGGCAACGGCGUCGUGCGGGAGCGCAAGACCAUCACGGUCGAUAUUCCCGCGGGUAUCGAGGACGGGAUGCGGCUGCGCGUCGACGGCGCAGGCGACGCGCCCGUGACGGGUAAGAAUGCCGAGGCGGGCAUGCGGACGCAAAAGGGUGACCUCUACGUCUUUGUGCGCGUCGCGACGGAUCCCAAGUUCCGCCGCGCCGGGUCGGAUAUCCUGUACACGGCCAGCAUCCCCAUCACGACGGCGAUGCUCGGCGGCGAGGUCACGGUGCCGACGCUCGACGGGCAGGUCAACGUCAAGGUGGCGACGGGUACCAACACGGGCGACAAGCUGACGCUGUCGGGCAUGGGCAUGAAGAAGCUCAACGGCAGACGGGGCGGCUCCGGUGACCUCAAGGUGGAGUUCCGGGUUAACAUGCCCAAGUACCUGAGCGCGAACCAGCGUACGCUGGUGGAGAUGCUGGCGAACGAGAUGGGAGAUAAGACGGCGCGGAAGAUUAUGAACGUCACUCCCCAGGGAACCCAGCCGGCAUCCCCCGAUGACUCCGAGACUCACAAGAACGAGGGCUUCCUCAAGUCCAUGUGGCACACCCUGACGAACCACCCGGCUCACCAGAAGCCUGGUGAGGACGGUGCGGCAACGACGGAUAAGAAGACGGACGAGAAGAAGGACGAGUCCAAGAAGGACUCUUGA